ACUUCUUCCACGCUAUAUUCCGCUAAAUAACUCCCCCUAUCUUCAAAAAUGUCGGAUGGCCCAAUAUCCCGACGGAAAUCAUGCGGAGAAUGUGCGAAAGCAAAGCGAAAAUGCGGAAUGGAGAUCCCAAAAUGUCGACGGUGCACCAAGAAAAACAUCGAGUGCAGUUAUCCGAAUACUAGGCCUCCGCUCUCCGAGAUGACCUUUCCAGAGUUAGAAUUUCCAUGGCUAGAUGACCUGAUGCGAGAACCUGGUAUGCUGCCUUGGUCGGGGACCCUGCAGCCACACCUUGGAGUGGAGUCGGUGACACCUUUCUCUAUGACCUCUGAGGCACAGAACAUACCACAGCAUAUCCCAGACUAUUUGAUUUCAGCAGAGGGGCCGACACGUACAGCGCUAGCACGAUCGGAAAUGGAGGCCGCUGUCCGUCAUUUCAGAACCUACCCCGAUAAGUGGCUUAGGGAGGGGAAAGCACCUUUCAUACACCAACGCCUCUACGCAUCGAAGAUGCCGACACCACUUCAGGAUGCAUAUGCUGCAUGCGCUAUAUACUCAACAAAGACUGAGCAGAAUGAAUUCGUAGCCUUUACCAUCAUCGAAGCGAAAGCGAACGACCUCCUGAGGUCUCCAAACCAGCCUUCUUGGACACCACUAGACCUUUUGGCCGCAGUACAAGCCUUACUAAUCUUCCAACUCAUUCGUCUUUUUGACGGAGAUAUAAGACAACGCGCUUUGGCUGAACAGGCGGAGCCAGUGCUGGAAGCGUGGACCGAGCAAUUGAAAACGAGAACAGAAGCAGAGCAGAAGCUGACGACUAUCACUGCUCCCACUUGGCGAGCUUGGAUCUUCGGUGAGAGCGUUCGACGGACGAUUACCAUGAGUAUCUUUCUCUGCGGCAUCUAUUCACUCGUCAAACGAGGCUUCUGCACCCGAGCAGACGAUGUCACCGCCCGUUCGUUCACCGCGCAACGUCGACUUUGGGAUGCUACGUCCGCAUCGCAAUGGGAUCGGGCUCGGCAACUUUACCCUCCGUAUUGGGUUACCAAGAUGAACUUCGAUCCCAUCCUUCAAGAAGCAAAAGGGAAUGAGCUCGAUGACUUUGGUAUGGUUAUGAUAAUUACGUAUAAGGGUCAGGAUACCGUCGAUAACUGGCUAGCUUCAACUAUUUCGGAGAGGAACCUUGUCAUGGAUCCAGACUUUCAGCAAAGUCUACAGACAAUCACUCAAUUUGGGACGCAUGCACCCCCUUGGAGCUAAGAUGAUCCAGGGUCAAUCCUACCCAUCUUCAAUCUCUAUCUUACACUCGUUUCAUACCCAGGCUAUGGAGCUUACAAUGGGUUGUGCUUCUAUGAGGUCUCUUAGGGACGGAAGGGAGCCGGAUGCUACCCACAUACAUCAUUAAUUAAAGAUUUUAGCUCUACGUAGAGUCCACUGGAAGACUUCUCACUUGACUUCCCUACGACCUCUCAUCCCAUAUCGCGACUCUUACACCCAGCUUAGAAAUCUGCGUUAGGGAAACUUAGACAAUAUAUCACAUGCACACCAUGUGCCACCCCCCA